AUGUCCGAAUCCAAGUUUGAAGAGGGCACGAUGAAGCCUGUGCCCCAGAAGUCCCAGGCUCAAGACCUACCUGGUCUUGAGAAAAAGAUGGAACCCUCCAGCGAAUCAACAAAGCUAGAAGGCAAAGGCCAAGCAUACGAAUACCUCGCAGCAGGCAAGCUCAAAGGCUGCAAAGCUCUCAUCACAGGCGGAGACUCUGGCAUAGGCCGCGCAGUAGCCGUUCUCUUUGCACGCGAAGGCGCCGACAUAACAAUCGCCUAUCUCCCCGACGAGCAACCCGACGCCGAAGACACCGGCAGAAUGGUCGAAGCUGAAGGCCACCAAUGCCUUCUAAUUCCAGGGGACUUAACAGACUACAAACAUUGUGAAGAUGUCGUCAAGAAGCACGUCGACAAGUACGGGGUUAUCCAUGUCCUGGUCAACAACGCCGCUAGACAGGUCAUGUGCGACGAUUUUGCGAAGAUAGAUAUGGGGACGGUAGAAGGGACGUUCAAGACAAAUAUUUUGAGCAUGUUUGCUUUGACGAAGUAUGCGCUGCCGCAUAUGGAGAGGGGAGGGUCGGGCACAGGCGCCAUGGUCGACUACGCGGCCACUAAAGGCGCCAUCGUUGCGUUCACAAGGGCGCUGGCGGUGCAGCUCAUGCCAAAGGGUAUCCGAGUCAACGCGGUCGCGCCAGGGCCGGUACACACGCCGCUGCAGCCAGCAUCACGGCCGGCAGAGCAGAUGGAGGGUUUUGGCGGCAAGUCGCGUAUUGGGAGGAUUGGACAGCCAAGUGAAAUUGCGCCAAGUUUUGUAUUUUUGGCGAGUAAGGACUCGGAGUUGUACUUUGGGCAGAUAUUACAUGCUUAUCCGUUGGGUGAUUAA